AUGGGAGUGCAUCUCGCGAAUGCCUACGUCCAGGCUCAGGUUCGAAGCAUACCGCUCGGAUGACAAGAGGCUCAAUUUCCUGCCCUUCUAUGGACGACGCAGCGGCGGCGAUAGCAAGAUGCUCUGCAUGGACGCCGCUGGCCACACCGUGCUCUGUGAUGCCGCUGGCCUCUCUGUCAUGCCGGCUCCCUGCCUUAACGAACCCAAGGUUGACAGCCCUGUUUCUUUCUCCAUCACCCGCACCAACGUGGAAACCCCCAAUCGCGCCGAUGCUCUCUACGUCCUCGACAGAUUUGUCACGAGCCGCAACUCCUUCAACUUCGAGGCACUCAUGUUUGGCGAGAAGACUUGGGACUGGGUUCGGCUUCCACCGCCGCCCUAUGUCAACAACCCGGCCUACAACUCCACAUCCAUCCAGUCCUACACGCUCCUGGCUGAUGGCUCCACCAUUUGCAUCUCCUCCCCUCGGCACAGCCUCGUCGGCACCUACUGCUUCGACACGAUUAGCUGUAAGUGGAGCAAGGCUGGCCGCUGGGCGCUGCCUUUGUACGGCCGGGCUGAGCAUGUCCCUGAGCUGGGCAACCUCUGGUUCGGCAUGGCCGACAACAGCCCCCACAAUUUUUCCGCAUUGGACCUCUCCAACCUAGACGGGGCUCCAAAGUUGCUUCAAGACUGGCAAGACCUUGACCCGCCUGAGGAUUGGGUGCAGAUGAGGUGCAGCCUGCUGUACCUGGGCGCGGGCAAGUUUUGCAUAACCAAAUUCUUCAACAUCGGGGACCCAGACACAGAGGACAACACAACCGCUGCUGUGCUCACCGGAGUGGAGGUGCUGUGUGGAGUUUCUGGUGGGGAGGUGGUGCACGGGGGAUCGUCCGAACUCCAGAUGAUCAAGCACAAGUCUUUUAUCAGCUAUGACGGCAUCCAGUGCGUCCUCUGAAAUACGUACCAGGGAAGUCGUUAAAACGAGAGCAAAUGAAUUAUGAGCAUUUUAGAAGACGGCCGAGUGGUUGUUUUCGUUGCAGCUGUUUCCAUUGGAGGCCUUGUUCGUUUUAUGGAUCUAUUUUCCGCUGGGAUUGGGUUGAUCUCCACCAUUUCUUCUGCUAGAGAAAUAUAGAUCCUAGCACUUUUAAACCAUUUGAUUAGUCCGCAUGAGUGAUUGAACUGAAAAGAACAAGCAAGCAUGCAUGCUUUCAAUCUUUUGGCUAGAAUUUCACAAAA